ACGAAUCUUUGGUUCAAGAUUCCGACAAUCGCCAUCAUCCUUUGCAUAUAGGAUAGAGAAAUAUGUUCUCUCUCAUUUCCAAAUGAAAAAUGAUAGAAAUGGAACCCUUCUGCACAUUUCUUCAGAUCUGAUAUCUACUGUAAUUUCUUGAAGAACAGCUUUUGAGGAUAUCAAGGGGAAGAGGGAUAAGGAACAUAUGGUGUAAUGGCCUCCGAGAGGGAAGACUUUAGCCUUUCAGGGCCAUUACACCUAACUUCUGUUGACUGGGAGAGUGCACACCAUAGAAGGUCUGUUGCUGCCUGUUUGGUUCAGGGUGUCUACAUUCUUGAACGGGACCGCCAAGUAAAACGUGAAGGUCCCCAUGCCCUUGCUCCUCCUUGGUGGGAGUUUUUCCAUUUUCGGUUGCUUCGUCAUCUUGUAGAUGAUGCUGAUUCUUCCAUCUUUGGUGUCAUUUAUGAAUUCAAUCCUCCAGCGUCUCACCACAACCACUCACUAGAUGGAAGUCCACGAUAUGUGAUUGCUUUCCGAGGCACCUUGAAUAAGCCAGACUCCCUCUCACGGGAUCUCGAGUUGGAUCUGCACCUCCUUCAGAAUGGACUUCACCGGACAUCUCGUUUUGAGAUUGCUAUGCAAGCUGUCCGAAACAUGGUUGCUGCAGUUGGCGAUUCAAAUGUCUGGUUAGCUGGCCACUCCCUCGGGUCAGCAAUGGCAAUGCUUGCUGGAAAAACUAUGGCCAAGACCGGCAUCUUUCUCGAAUCUUUUCUUUUCAAUCCGCCAUUCUUUUCUGCCCCAAUUGAGAGAAUUAAGGAUAAAAGACUGAAACAUGGGAUUCGAAUUGCAGGCAGUGUGAUCACAGCAGGGCUCACUCUUGCUAUGAAGGGUAAACACCAGAGGAAUAAUGCGGAAGAUCCAUUUGCUACUUUGUCUGCAUGGGCCCCUUGUCUAUUUGUGAACCCUGGUGAUCACAUUGGUUCAGAAUAUAUUGGGUAUUUUGAACACAGGAAAAAGAUGGAAGAGAUUGGUGCAGGAGGUAUUGAGAGAUUAGCAACCCAGAACUCCAUUGCAGGUCUGCUAAUGAAUGCGAUGGGGAAGGAGUCAGAACCACUUCACCUCAUUCCUUCUGCAAGUCUGACCAUUAACCAAACUCCUUCCCAGGAUUUUAAACAAGCUCAUGGAAUUCACCAGUGGUGGGCACCUGAUCUAAACUUGCAAUCCAAGGUCUACAAGUAUAGACAGCUAUUAUCAUAAUUAUUAUAAUGAUUUUAAUGUUAUUUAGUUGAUUGUUAUACGACUGUCUACAUAAUCUCAAUUGUAUGACAAUCGUAUAGCAGCACGCUAAAUAACAUUUCUUACGCCUUACGUUUGCAUUGAUGAUAAAUUAUUUUGGUCUUCUGUUGUAAUUAAUUAUGGGAGCAGAUUUAAUCAGCUUGGUAUCCUGCAACUGCCUGAUCUCAGCCAGUUCAUUUCAAAUUGACACUAGGAUAGAAGGCUGAUCUCUGUCUAUGGUUUGCAGCAAGGAGGUUUGAAGCCUCCAACUUCUUUCAUGGCAUAUUACAUUUGAAUUGAUUUGCACAUUUGUAUGUACUUGGGGUCAUUGUUAAUGAAUGUUAUAGAUUGUGUCCAAAUAAAUUGGUCUAUGUUAUGUUAUGUGAGAUUGAUUUCUUCCUUUUCUUCAAAUCCAUGUAACCUCAAAGUAUGAAGUGCUUCUAUAUUUUGUCUACACCUUUUCUCCAUAGCCAUUACAAAAACACUAAUGAUCAGGACCCACCCAAGAAAACCCAAAAGACUAAUCAAGAGAAUAUCGCCUUCAAACAUUGAAGUAAAUACCUAAUCACUACCAAAUUUCCACCUUUUUUUUUUUUUUGUGGUCCGAAUGAAAUGGUAUAGUUUGUAAAGACGCGCGAGAUGCGGCUUUGUUCAAGGAAAUUGCCAUGGCCGGUGACGAGGAUUUAGUUUAUUAUAAAGAAACUACGAAACAAAUGAGUAGUUUCUCAACUUUUGAGAAAUCAAAAAUGCUUCUUCCCUAAGGUGUUUCAUCUUUCAUGAUUGGGGGGGUUUAACCGACGAAUAUACAAUUCUUUUAUAAUUUGUUAUACAUUUGUUAUACCGAGCUAGCAUGUAAUUGAAGGGUGUUUUAACUGUUGCAGUGGAGCUAAGUACACCCCAUCCAAUGCAUUAAGAAAUAAACAAUCAAACCGACUCUAACUUUCUAAUUUCUAUUUAGUUCGACCAGAUUUAACUCGACUUAUUUAAUUGAUAAAAUUAAAUAUUCAUAUUCUAAUUUGAGUUGGUGUUUUGCAUUGGGAGCUCAACCAGCAAGUCAAAAAUUGCGAUCCAGUGCAGUAAGUCAGUAAAAGAAGUGGAUUUGGAGGUGAGAUUUUUAUUAUUUUAACUUUGUUGGGUCCAGUGCAGAAUUGGAGACAAAGGCUCCUCAAGUGUCAUUAUUGUCCCAUUUGCCUUGGGAUUCGAGCCUGCUUUUUUGACCUUUCCUAUAUGUGGGUUUCCACCACCUCUGUCGCCAUGUUUUACUCUCACACUUGUUCUUCUUAAUUAAUUCAAUCCCCCCCACCUCCUAAAUAUCGUCAUAAUGGCAUCAAACUUUACUUACUGCCCAAUUAAUCUCCACAAAACAAAAGCAAAUGCCCUCUUCCGCCCUUUUCAUUUUUCUCCAUCCCAUAAGAGAAAAAACCCUUUUCUUUUUUUUUAUCCACCAAUCAAAGCCUCAAACUU